GGAGACGCUGUCAUGGAUGGCGGCUCUGCACGUUUGAAUUGCCUUAAAGCAAAUGCCUUUCUUUCUCUAUAAACAUUCCUUUCCCUUCCAAAUAUUCGAGGGGGUUGAACAGCGGUUUCUUUAAGCAGCUGGUCCAAGGCCUUUAUGUGCUUCAAACUGGCAAACGCAUCGGACGGUAGCUUCGCCCCGGCAAAGACCGAUGAAGUCGAAGACGAAGGCGCGGCGGCCAUGAUGUCAUCAGCAAUGGCACAGGAUGUGACGCUUUCGAGCGACCACCGGUCUCGGGAGAUGUCGACCAUGGUCUCGGCCUUGAGCCAUGUCAUCUCCCCGGAGGUGGUGCCGGCAGGUCAUAUGGGCGGCUCCGUUAGUUCGCCGCCUUCUUCUUCUCUGUCUUCGCAAUCUUGGGGUGGUCAGAGAGAUCGGGAGCUACCACCCGAGUUGUUGAUGAGGUAUUACCAUGGUUAUGAUCAGUUUGGCAGCUACGAUGGGGAGGCAUUACCAAAUGUUGCAGCCACAGAACAUAGCCCACAGAGCCUCCUAACCACUAUCCAAGCCCCAGCCAUGGAAGAGUCCUCCCCUUCCGGCUACCGAGAAGCAGAGAGGGAAGCUGCACCGAGGAGGCGAUACAGGGGAGUCCGGCAGCGCCCAUGGGGCAAGUGGGCUGCGGAGAUCCGCGACCCCCACAAGGCAGCUCGUGUGUGGCUCGGCACCUUCGACACAGCCGAGGCCGCUGCCCGGGCCUACGACGAGGCCGCCCUCCGCUUCCGGGGCAGCCGAGCCAAGCUCAACUUCCCUGAGGAUGUCCGCCUCUACUCGACACCUCCCCCUGCUCCUCUACCAAUCUCGAAUUCUCCAGCAACUCUAAGCUCUGAUGCAUCCAGGGACUACUUAGAGUACUCAAGGCUGUUACAGGGGGUUGGAGACUACCAAAGGCUUCCACCGACGAGCCUUUUGGAUCAGUUUAUGUACUCCAAUUAUUCUUCGGCAAUGGAUUCGACGCUGGCUGAUGGUUCUUUAGCUACUCAUUCCUUUCCAACCUCCUCUGCUUCUUCUUCCUCUGUUUUUGCUUCUUCUUCUUCUUCCUCUUCUAUUUCUUCUCCUUCUUAUCCUCUGUCCUAUCCUUUGGAGGAGACAGCAUCAGAGACUUGGGUUAGGGAAGAUGGGUCAGUGUUUCAGAGGCCGUAUUGGACUGAUUCCAACCAGUUUCCGCCACCUUCUUCUGGGUAGAGUUGAAACUGGGGCAUUUAUCCUCUUCCUUUGUUCACUCUGUUCUAUCUCACAGGCUGAAGGGGCUCCCUGUUGUACCUUUUCUUUCUUUCCUUUUCUUUUCCUUUUUUUUUUAAAAAAAAGUUGUGUUUCCGCUUUCAAGUUAUAUUCUUUUCAGCAAAGGACAAAAUUUAGGGAACCAGGAUCCUCUGUUCUAUAGCUUGUAUGAUGGCUCCUAUGAGAAUAAUUCUAUUAGAGAUCGCUUUUGGAGAAAGCAUUGUUUGUUUUA